AUGCAUGUGGAAAGUGAUGGCUCGUUUCAGUACGGUUACUACUGGAGAGAGGCUGAUGAUUUACAUGCUGCGACUCAACAUUUCCAUGGAUUAAACCGUCUGGUGACUGCAAUUGUUGGGCAUAGUAAAGGUGCUGGAGUGGUGCUUCUCUAUGCUUCAAAAUAUAAUGACGUCAAAACUGUCGUCAAUAUCUCUGGACGCUAUGAUCUGAAGGCGGGAAUUGAAGAACGCCUCGGAAAAAAUUAUAUGGAGAGAAUUAAGGAGGAUGGUUUCAUUGACGUGAAGAGGCCAGGAAGUUCUGAUUACCGUGUGACUCUGGAAAGUUUGCUGGAUCGCUUAGAUACAAAUAUGCACGGAGCAUGCCUUCAGAUUGAUACAGAAUGCAGGGUCCUUACAGUUCAUGGUUCUUCAGACACAGUUAUAUCUGUUGAAGAUGCAUUUCAGUUUGCUCAGAUUCUAACAAACCAUACAUUACAUAUCAUAGAAGGAGCUGAUCAUUCCUACACUAAUCACCAAAACGAGCUAGCUUCGGUUGUUGUCAACUUCAUAAAAUAAAAGAAACCUUGCACUGGAAUAGGAAUACUUAGGUCUUGCAGUUCCGAGUCAUUUGAAGUUGCUACCUGCGACAAAUUCUCACGGAUACGGCGUUGUUCUACAACAUUUUGAACUCUUCUAUUUUUUACUCAUAAAAUUAGUGAGUUUUGCUUUGUACGAACUUGCUGUGAUAAUCCAUUGGUAAACAAAGCAUGUGCUCCUAUUGUACACUUGUUUCUAAUACAGUGGCUAGUUUACAAAAUAGAUACAAUAAACAUACAUCCUAGUUUUCUUAA